CCCAUGGCACUGGCAGAAUGGGCAAAUGUCAUGGUCUUCAUACUGCCAAGAAGCUCCGUAGCCACGGAUGGGUUCCGAAGUGGCAUGGUAAACAGUACAAGCAAGCCCAUUUGGGCACAGCCCUGCAGGCCAACCCUUUUGGAGGCACUUCCCAUGCAAAGGGAAUUGUGCUGGAAAAAGUAGAGGUUGAAGCCAAACAGCCAAAUUCUGCCAUCAGGAAGCAUGUCAGAGUCCAGCCGAUCAAGAAUGACCAAAAAAAAAAAAAAAAAAAAAAAAAAAAUCACAGCCCUGUACCCAACAAUGGUUGUCUGAAUUUUAUUGAAGAAAAUGAUGAGGUUCCGGUUGUGGGAUCUGGUCACAAAGGUCAUGCUGUCAGUGACAUUCCUGGAUUUUGUGUUAUGGUUGUCAAAGUAGCCAAUGUCUCUCUUUUUGCUGUGUACAAAGGAAGAAGGAAGAAUCAAGAUGAUAAGUUUUGAUAGUAAAAACAUGACAAUAAAUUUUCAGAUGCCAAAAGACAGUCUGAGAAGCUAUCAUAGCUAAAAGGAUC